ACCCUUUCCUCGUGGAUAAUCUCGCCAACAACACAUCAAAAUGGGUCGUCUUCACUCCAAGGGAAAGGGCAUUUCGUCCUCCGCGCUCCCCUACUCGCGCUCUGCUCCUAGCUGGUUGAAGACCACGCCUGACCAGGUUGUCGACACCAUCGGUGUUGUCCUCCGUGACUCCCACGGAGUUGCCCAGGUCAAGACCGUCACCGGCAACAAGAUCCUCCGUAUCCUCAAGCCUUGCCCCGAGCUUCCUGAGGAUCUGUACUUCCUGAUCAAGAAGGCCGUCGCCGUCCGCAAGCACCUCGAGCGCAACCGCAAGGACAUCGACUCCAAGUUCCGCCUGAUUCUCAUCGAGUCCCGUAUCCACCGUCUGUCCCGCUACUACAAGACCGUCGGUGUCCUGCCCCCCACCUGGCGCUACGAGUCCGCCACCGCCAGCACCCUGGUCGCUUAAGCGUCUCGUCUCGGGUUCCAUCUGGUUGUUGUUGGCAGAUCUGCGAUGUUUUCUGUCGGCUAGGAUUGCCACCCACUCCAUGCAUGACUCCGGUCCGAAAGGGCCUGGAUCGUCCUGUUUGGUUCCUUUCGUUAGAUGUGUUAUCUAGUGGGGGGGAUGUGUGGGUCUGGUCGUGGAUUUCUGGUAGAUCUAAAAAUGAAUCAUGGCAUAAUCAUAA